AUGAAGAAGGCAUCGGCGGCUGGAAUACACGAUUUGAUUGACUGUUUCGAGCGAAAUACGCAGAUUUUGGACCAACUUGGAGAAACAACGAGUGGCUGGGGAGCAAUGUUGACGCAUUUGAUGGUUUCGAAACUCAGUGAAACGAUUCAGGUACAGUGGGAGGAGCACGUUUCACAGAAGGAUGAGCCAAGUUUUAAGAUGCUGGUUACUUUCUUGAAAACGCAGACUCGGAUUUUGGAUGCAGUAUUUGUGGAUCAGCGAAUCUUUAGUACAAGCGUGACAUCUUCGGCUGUUGGUAGCAAAUCCCAUCCAACGAAACUUUCGGUCAACUCGGCGACAGAAACUAGCGGUCCAAAUUGCAUAGCAUGCAGCGAGCAACAUUUUCUUUCACGUUGUCCUUCAUUCAACAAGCUGCCGGUUGAUAAGCGACUACAGUUGACCAAUUCCAAAAGGCUUUGCAGUAAUUGUUUGGGACGAAAUCAUCUGGCGCGUGAUUGUCCUUCUAAGUAUCGGUGUAGGACUUGUUCAAAGAAGCAUCACACGCUUCUUCACCCUGGAUUUCCUGGAUCUGGUUCUACUGCAACGUCGACCUCGAGUCAAGACGAUAAUUCAGCUUCUCCGUCAACUUCUGGUGUUACUCCGAACUCUGGUGGAAUGGUUUCUAGUUCGGUUGCGACAAUUUCUUCUAAUAUGGCGAUGGGAGGCUCGAAGUCACACGUCUUCUUGUUGACAGCGGUUUUGGAAGUGAAGGAUUAUUGUGGUAGGAUACAUCAUGCGAGAGCUUUGUUGGAUUCUGGAUCGCAGGCAAACUUGAUGUCUGAGCGGCUUUGUCAAUUAUUGAAGUUACCAAGACGAAACAAAAAGGUUGAGAUUGUGGGUAUAGGACAAGCUAGACGGCAGACAGCUUACGAAGUUUCAACAAAUAUUGCAUCACGAAUUCGGGAUUUCUCAAUAUUAAUGGAUUUUUUGGUUUUGGGGCAGGUUACGGAUAAUCAGCCAUCUACAUCGCUUCCAUUAGAAACUUGGAAACCACCGCAAGACAUGGUUUUGGCGGAUCCCGGAUUCUACGCUUCCGGUCCUAUAGAUCUAGUAUUGGGUUCUCAAUUCUUUUACGAUUUUCAUCUGCUUCACGGUGGCCGGCUUCAGAUUCGAAAAAUCAACGACGAUUUACCUGUAUUCGUAAACACGGUAUUUGGUUGGGUAGCUGCUGGCGAAGCGAAUCUUGGCGGAAAUUUCGGGAGAGUCAGCUGCAAUUUGGCUCUCGCCGAUCCUUUGGAUAAAGCCAUCGAGAAAUUCUGGACUAUCGAAGAGCUUUCAGAAAAACCACAACGGUCUCAGGAGGAGAAAGAUUGCGAAGCGCACUUUCAGCAUACGAUCACACGAGACGAUACGGGGCGGUAUAUGGCAAGAUAUCCAAAGCGAGCUGGUUUUUACGAGAUGAUUGGUGAUUCGAAGGAGACGGCUCGGCGAAGAUUUCUGCAAAUCGAAAGACGGCUUGGAAAGGACGCCAAUCUACGCAAACACUACAACGCUUUCAUGCAGGAAUACAUCGAUUUAGGGCACAUGAAAGCAGUGGGAAUGGUGGACGAGAUUCCGAAGACAGAAAAAACGGUUUGCUAUCUCCCUCAUCAUCCUGUGUUUAAGGAAUCCAGCUCGACAACGAAAGUGCGAGUAGUCUUUGAUGGAUCAGCCAAGACUUCGAGCAAUUAUUCGUUAAACGAGAUACUUCUUACCGGACCGGUAAUUCAGGAUGAUCUUUUCGAUUUAAUGCUUCGUUUCCGUAAGAACGCUGUGGCGUUAGUUUCAGACGUAGAGAAGAUGCAUCGACAGAUUCGUAUACACCAGGAAGAUACUCCUCUACAGCGAAUCUUAUGGCGUUUUGAUCCAAGAGAUCCGGUUCAAAUCUACGAGCUCCAAACGGUCACGUACGGUUUAGCCCCAUCAUCUUUCCUCGCCACUAGAGUUCUGCAGCAGCUGUCGAUGGACUAUCAAGCCAAAUACAGCAAGGGUUCGUUGGCAGUAUCAGAGGACUUUUACAUGGACGAUCUUCUCUCCGGUGCUGAUACUGUUGAAAACGCACGGAAACUGCGUGAUGAAGUCCAAGCACUAUUAUCAGAAGGCGGGUUUCAGCUACGCAAAUGGAGUUCAAAUCGAAGUGAGUUACUGCAGGAUCUACCAUCUGAAGUAUUGGGCGUAGCAGAUACAUUACGUUUUGAGCCGGAGCAGAAAAUAAAGACACUAGGAGUAGUAUGGGACCCACAGCUGGAUCAGCUUUGUAUCGAAGUACAGCCGAUAGAAGCUGAUACGCAGUGGACGAAACGGAAAAUUUUCUCGGCGAUAGCAAAGCUCUACGAUCCGUUGGGAUUCGUGUCACCUGUUGUAGCGUGGGCAAAAAUGCGACUGCAACAUCUUUGGUUAGCUUCUAUUGGCUGGGAUGAUCCAGUGCUGCCGGAAAUUGAGUCAAAAUGGACGGAAUUCUACUCGCAGCUUCCCUUACUACAAAGCUUCAGGGUUACACGGUUCAUAUGGUUGCCUGAUACGUCAACAGUCCAGUUUCACGUCUUCUGUGACGCGUCAGAAGUUGGAUACGGUGCAUGCAUUUACGCUCGGUCGAUCAGCUUGGAAGGUCAUGUGAAAGUGGAAUUAAUCGCAUCGAAAUCGCGCGUAGCGCCACUGAAACGAAUUUCGCUACCUCGGUUGGAACUAUGUUCCGCAUUGCUCGCUGCUAAGCUGUAUUCAAAAAUCUCCGCAGCACUAAGAAUGGAGGAUGCCUUCCUAGCAGCAUUACGUCGUUUUAUCGCCCGUCGAGGAAUGCCCGCUGAAGUUCACUCGGAUAACGGCACGAACUUCCAAGGGGCAAAGAACAAAAUCACCGAACUGUACAGUAUUCUCAACAGCAAGCGUAACCAAGAGAUUAUUGCUAACGAAUGCACCAAUCGUGGAAUAAUUUGGCGUUUCAUACCUCCAAAAGCACCGAACUUCGGAGGGCUGUGGGAAGCAGCCGUAAAAACAGCAAAAAGUUCACUCAUUAAAACGAUCGGAAACACUAAAUUAAGUUUCGAAGAUUUCACAACUAUUCUUACACAAAUUGAGGCAAAUAUGAAUACCCGUCCGCUCACCCCACUUUCCGAAGACCCCACUGAACUGGAUGUCUUAACUCCGGGCCAUUUUCUCACCGGAACAUCGCUCAGGUGUUUACCAGAUCCCGAUUAUUCCAACGUACCUACCAACCGUCUACGCCAUUAUCAACUAUUGCAAAGUUUAAUCCAACAUCACUGGACACGAUGGCGGAAGGAGUAUCUCACGGAACUAAAUAAUCAACGCAAAUCAACCACAUCUCCCGUUGACAUCGGCGUUGGACAAAUCGUGUUACUACUGGACGAAAACAAACCAUCUAAUUUGUGGCCACUCGCCAAGGUCGAAAAAAUUUCACCAGGUGAUGAUGACGUCGUUCGUGUUGUCACCAUCCGAACCAAAAGUGGAGUGUACACACGUCCAGCAUCAAAAGUAUGUCCCUUACUGUUCAACCGAGAGAUCAGCACCAUCACAGUAUGA